AUGAGCCUCAGUGUCGCCUCUGUUCCCCCCCUACAACGCCGAAUUGCAUCCUCUGCGUGUGUGUGUGUUCUGCAGCGCAUUUCCUCUUUGCCUGAUUCUUGGACGCGAGCAGCGAAUGACGCGGCCGAGGGAAAUUGGCAACUAAGCGGGACUCUUUCGACGUCCGUGGGGAAUCUCAUCGAACGCACGCCACCCCCGUCUUCGUCGUGUUUUCGGCUGAUUCGCCACGCCUCACAGCUGACUCAAUUGAUUGCCAGUGCGUGCGCGUGCGCGCGCGCGCGCGGGUUCGCCUGUCUGUCGCACACCCUUCUCUCUCUCGCGCGCGCGUGUGUGUGUGUCUGUCCGCACGGGUGUGCACGCACGUGCGCACCACCUGCUAAUCGAAUCGCGGUGAGGCGUGUCGUGCGCACGUCUACUGCUCGCGUCUCCGUGUGUGUGUUAGCCAACGACGUGGCGUUGUUGUCGUCGUCGUCGCCGCCGCUGUCGCCGUCGUUGUCUUGGUGCAUUGGUGUGCGUGCCUGUGUGCUGAUAUGCCUGCUCCCUUUGUGCGCGUCUCUCCUCUCCUCCGUUAAACUCACGCUCAUUCAUCCAAUUGUAAUCACAAACAUCAUCAACCACGCUCAGGAUUAUGAAUGCCGAUUUCAGGCCGAGGGACCCAGAGCAUUGGGCGUAUUUGCGGCGAAUGUUUUGACCCCCAAUGAAUUGGCGGCCAAGUUGAACGCCGGCCCCGGGUUCCCCUUCGGCGGUGGAGGCAUUCGUCGUCCGACUGCUUCACCCGCGGUCGUUGCCGAUCGCGGUGCCACCGUCGCCUCCGGAGACGCCACGCCAGCCUCCGCCUCUCCUGGGUCACCCCCCGCCAACCGAGGUUGCGGCGAGGGUGCCGUGUCGACUCCAAUCCAAGACGCCUACAUGGACGGCGCGAUGCUUCGCAUCAACCUCAACCGACAGCGUCGGCAUCGCGCGCGCACCAACAACCCCGUGGGUUCAGGAAUUGCUGGACCCCUUCUUGGUCGGAUCUCCGAAGAAGAUGGGGCCAGAUCCACUGCUGCUGCCGGCACCACUUCCCCCCAGCCGCCUCCAACCACUCCCAAGCCAGAAAUCGUCGCCACCAAGCGCUCCUCACGGUCGUCUCAUCCGGAGAUGAUGGAGAUAGAGACGUCAGGGAGGUUGCGAACUCCGUCCAGGUGUUCUACCUCUUCCUCGUCCAUCUCGACCUCAGACGAUGACGAGGAUAUGGAGAAACUCCCGUACAGAGUGCGAAAACAUCUCUCCACUGAAGGCAGGAGUCGAUCAAGUAGCGAAAGCGAUUUUGGCGACAUUGACAGGGAGGCUUCCGCGUUGUAUAGCGGGCCAUAUGACAUGAGCCCACUUGGCUAUUCAGGCGAUGCCCGUAGGCGUGUUGUGGUCCUGAACGACUCAGUUACUGAACAGCUUGAAGUUUCAGCUCGUUAUUGGUGA